GGCGGCGGGCGGCAGAGGGAGGGCAGCCCGGCCGCGCACCGGCUCUCGGGGGGGGGUGACCGGCCCCGCCGCCCCCGCGCACCAUGGCCGGGCUCCUGCCGCUGCUGCUGCUGCUGCUCCCGGCGGGACCCGCCUGGGGCUCCAAGGACAAGUGCUUCACCAAGAUGUACACAACAAGCGGGGAGUGCUGCAAAGCCUGCAACCUGGGAGAGGGGGUGGUGCAGCCCUGCGGGGUCAACCAGACGGUCUGCGAGCCCUGCCUGGACAGCGUCACCUACUCGGACACGGUGAGCGCCACGGAGCCGUGCAAGCCCUGCACGCAGUGCGUGGGGCUGCACAGCAUGUCCGCGCCCUGCGUGGAGUCGGACGACGCCGUGUGCCGCUGCGCCUACGGCUACUACCAGGACGAGCUGAGCGGGAGCUGCAAGGAGUGCCGGGUGUGCGAGGUGGGCUUCGGCCUCAUGUUCCCCUGCCAGGACUCGCAGGACACGGUCUGCGAGGAGUGUCCCGAGGGCACCUUCUCCAGCGAAGCCAACUUCGUGGACCCCUGCCUGCCCUGCACCACCUGCGAGGAGAACGAGGUGAUGGUGAAGGAGUGCACGGCCGUCUCGGAUGCCGAAUGCAGAGACCUCCACCCUCGCUGGACAACACACACGCCAUCCUUGGUAGGCUCUGACAGCCCCGAGCCCAUCACCAGGGACCCCUUCAACACCGAAGUGAUGCCCAGCACCCUGGCCGACACCGUCACCACCGUCAUGGGCAGCUCGCAGCCCGUCGUGAGCCGCGGCACCGCCGACAACCUCAUCCCCGUCUACUGCUCCAUCCUGGCAGCCGUGGUGGUGGGGCUGGUGGCCUACAUUGCUUUCAAAAGGUGGAACAACUGCAAACAGAACAAGCAAGGGGCCAACAACCGCCCGGUGAACCAGACGCCUUCGCCGGAGGGGGAGAAGCUGCACAGUGACAGCGGCAUCUCAGUGGACAGCCAGAGCCUGCACGACCAGCAGCCGCCCAGCCAGAGCACCCAGGGGCCAGCGCCCAAAGGAGACGGGAACCUCUACACCAACCUGCCACCCAGCAAGCAGGAGGAGGUGGAGAAGCUGCUGGGCAGUUCCGUGGAGGAGACGUGGAGGCAGCUGGCCGAGGAGCUGGGCUACAAAGAGGACCUCAUAGACUCCUUCACCCGGGAGGAAUCGCCCGCCCGGGCUCUCCUGGCCGACUGGUCCUCCAAGGAGACGGCCACCCUCGACGCCCUGCUCGCCGCCCUGCGCAAGAUCCAGCGCGGGGACAUCGCCGAGAGCUUGUACAGCGAGUCCACCGCCACCUCCCCUGUCUGAAGGGUGGCCCGGGGCAGCCCCGUGGGGUCCCCUUCCCCCUUCCCCCCCUUAUCUCUCCCCUCCCCGGCACUGAGAGCCCCGGAGGGGAGGGUGGGAAGGAAGUGGGGGCUCCCCGGGCCCCCUCAAUUUACAGUCCUGUAUGCACUGAGCUCCUGUUUUCGGUAUCGCCCCCUCCCAAUGCCGCCUCCCCCCGACAGCCCGUAAGUGGGCUGGGUGUGGGGCUCAGUCCCACCCAACACCCAAAGCCUCUCUGCUGCUGGAGCAUCCUCCACAGCCCCGUGAGGCUGGACAGACGGACACAGGAAUGAGCACCACGCUCUCAGCCCUCUCUCCCCUUCCAGCCCUUCUCCUUCCUUCUUGGGGCUCCAUUUCUCCUCUUCCUCUUGCUCUUCCUCCUUGGCCCACCCCACCAAUAUCUCCUGCUCCCCUUCAACACCCUUAAAUCCAGCUGCUUUCCCCAAAAAACACAGGCAAAGGGCAGGGCUGGGCUGGACACAGAGAGUAUCAGAGCUUCUGUACCAGGAUUUGGGGAGGGGGCUGGUCCCAUGGCCAGGCUGCGCCGUGGGGGGUGGGCUGGGGGAAAGGACUUGGCUUCCAGCAGUUCAACCUACACUGUGAAAUUUUGGGGGCGCAGCCCCCGCGCACGCUCCACAGGGCUGCCAGCGUUUGGCCUCAGUGAGGAGCAGUGGGGACCACCUGAAUUUGGGGGGCCAGACGUCUGGGUGCUACAACCUCCCUGCCAGUGCCCGGCUCCCCUGGCCAUACUGGAGCUACACGGGAGGACACCGGAGGUCUAAAGGGCUGAAAAAGUGCCUGCCCACAGCGGGGACAUGACAAAAGGGCUCUGUUCAUCCUUCCCCCAGUGUCCCCCCCCAACCCUGACCCAGGAGCAAAGCCACCCUGCCGUGAUUGCACUGUCCCUGCUCGCCUACACACCCAGCCGGGGCUGGUGGUCCUGACCCCCUGCUUGUAAGGGCUCUUCCAGCACUGUGAAGGGUGGCUCAGAAACACCCCUGCGAGUCCUUCACCUCCGUCCGGGCACGCAGCGGGUGCUGCCCACCCUCGGGGCACCAACUGCCUCCCCGGGAUACCCUUGGGUGGCCCCAGCACCUCCCUCUGCCAGGACCCCCCCGCAGCCUGGGGGAAUGGGACAUCACUCACCGCCUCUACGCCUCCAGAGCAUAUAAAUGCAUUUUUUUGGCAUAUCAGCUCCCCGCCCAGCAGCCAGCUCACCCAUGGGUGACGCGGAAGAGCAACUGCCGGGUGGGUGAGCACCCCGUUCCCCCCACGAGCUGCCACCGGGCAGCCAGCGCAGUCCUGGGAGAUGUCCCCAGCUCAGCUAUGGCUUUGAUGUCUCACUCGCCUGGAGCAUCACAAGUUUUUUUUGCAGAGGAAGGACUGCAAGACGAGCUGGUGCGUGGCACCAGUGCUGGGUACGUCUGAGCCUACAGACUCCCCCUUCACCUCUGGAUUAAGCCAGAAACUCUUUCCUGAAGGCAGAAGGUGAUUUUCCUCCCCUCCUUAUGGAGAUAAGCAAGAUUUGUAAAUAGUAUAGUGUUGUUUUACUAACUGUUUGAUGUUUCUAUGUGUGACAUGGGGUGACGGCGCCUGCCCUGACCCUUCUGCUCUUCCUCACAGCCUUUCCAUCUGCAAGGCGAGCUUCAUUUUGCAGCCAAACCUUUGGUCCCACCUCGUUUCUGGCCUUAAAGACUCAGUGGGGAGGCAGGGAAACAUGCACACCCCAAAAAUCAUUGCAGCAGGUCCAUGAGAAACUUGGGAACGUGGAAGGAUUUGGCUGUUCCCAGCAGAGCUGCUGGGUGUCCGGAGGGAGAUCUCAGUGCUUUCUGGGGGAUUGGAGCCUGUGUCAAUAGGAUUCAAGCACCCAGGUCCUUCAAAAGCUUUCGGGAAUUUUGCUCCCCGUGCUUUGGAUGAUAAAUGUUGAAUCUGGAUCUCCAGGAUGGGAUAUUUAACUCCUCCUGCCCUCGUGCAGCAAAAGAGCAAAGAUCCCUUUGGAGGAACAAGCCCUGCGACACUUUGGCUGCCAGCCGCCCAUGCCAGACCUGUUGGUUAGAAACACUUGGCCCUGACAGGGCUGCGAGUCCUACGUCUGAGUCCCGAACCUCUCCUAUCACUAAAAUCCAAGGAAACUGCCCCAAAUUUGCAACUCCAUUUGCAGCGGAUGAUUCUGGCUUGCAACCCCCCAGCUGGGGCACUGGUUCCUGCCAGACGAGCCAUCCACAGGGAUGCUUCUGGAUGAAUUUAAACGUUGGUUAUCAUCAGGUUGUUUCCAUUGGUCCCUUUUUUUGGUGAAGUGACUCAAAUAUGAACUAAGGGCAACUGGAAUAAAGUGCCCAAAUCAAAAGCAAAACAAACUGCCCGAUUCAGUCUGAUAAGCCAACCUGGCCAUACCUUGCCAGCUGGAAAUUGCUUUUCUUCAGGACAAUAUUGCCAUGGUCUCAGGUUUCAAUUGCCAUAGUAAAGAGAUUUCCUCAGGGCUGAGGAAACUGAGACAAACUCAGCAUCCAAAGAAAAGCCAGGGGAUGCCUCAAAUCCCUGGUUGCAGGAAAUAAAUAAAAAUAAAAUUAAAAAACAGGGAGGGAAAACCAAGCCAAAGUUAGUGCUCGUCGGUACGUUUUGUGUCCUUUUCUAAUGUUUCUGUUGUAUAAAGAACGCGUGUUUCUCCACUCACCCCUCUGUAAUACCAGUGCUGAUUUAUUAGGAAGUUUUACGGUGAAGAAAUAGCCGUCGUAGAAGGAGUUUGGGGGGUUUGUGGGUGGGGUGUGAGCAGCAUGAGGUGGGGGGGUGAUGCACGGGGGGUGGCGGGCCGCCGCGCCGGCCGGGUGGGUAGCUGUCCUUGUGUAUCCAUCAGAUGCCAAUAAAGAGCAUCACUACGUUGG